AUGAUUUUUGAGGAUGAUAAUUUGUGGUUUGAGGCAGAACCAACUAAAGAAGAGGUGAAGGCAGUGGUUUUUCAACUAAAUGGAGAGAGUGCAGGAGGAUCUGAUGGUUUUACUAGUGUAUUUUAUCAAGCUUGCUGGGAAAUUAUCGGAGAGGAUGUUACCAAUAUGAUAAAGGCUUUCUUUUGUGGAGCAGAACUGCCCAAGUUUGUUACUCAUACUAACCUGGUCUUAUUACCAAAGAAGGAGCUGGUUAACACCUUCUCUGAUAUGAGACCAAUUAGUUUGAGCAAUUUUGUGAAUAAGAUCUUUUCUAGACUGAUUCAUGGGAGAUUGGUGUCAAAAUUAUCUGAUAUCAUAUCACUCAAUCAGUCUGGAUUUGUUAAAGAUAGGAGUAUUGUGGAGAAUAUACUGUUAACUCAAGAAAUUGUGUCUGAUAUAAGGCUGAGGACAAAAGAUGCAAAUAUGAUAAUUAAGCUGGAUAUGGCAAAGGCCUAUGACAGGGUUUCUUGGUUGUUAUUAACUAAGGUACUUAGGCAGAUGGGUUUCUCAGAGAAGAUUAUAGACAUGGUCUACAGGAUUGUUAACAAUAACUGGUACUCUGUGUUGAUAAAUGGGCAGCAACAAGGUUUCUUCCAAUCUACCAGAGGAGUAAAGCAAGGGGACCCUCUUUCCCCUACUUUAUUUAUCUUAGCAGCUGAGGUCUUAUCUAGGAGUUCGAAUACUUCACCGAAAGCCCGGUUUAAGGGUUUUGGUAUGCCUAAAUGGAGUCCAAAAGUAAAUCAUCUUGCCUAUGCUGAUGACAUGAUCAUCUUUACUUCGGCAGAUGUGGUAUCUUUGCAAAUGAUAAUGGGGAUAUUGAAGAAUUAUGAGCAGACUUCUGGUCAGAAGAUCAAUUUGGACAAAAGUGCUAUUUAUAUGCAUAAAAAUGUCACGGGGGACAUUAGUAUCACGAUUGAGAUUUAUGGCGGUAUUAAUAGAAAAGAAUUUCCUUUUAUGUAUUUGGGUUGCCCUAUUUAUCAUUGUAGGAGGAAGAAGGAAUUCUUUAAUGCUUUGAUCCUUAAAAUCAUGAAUAGAUUACAAGGCUGGAAGGGUAAAAUGUUAUCCUUUGGAGGAAGGGCAAUUCUUAUUAAACAUGUGCUUCAAAGUAUGCCAAUCCACAUGUUGUCAGCUGUUAACCCUCCAAUGGGGAUCAUUAGGCAAAUUCACAAGAUGUUUGCUCAGUUUUUUUGGAGCAAUACCAUUGGGGGCAGGAGCACACAUUGGGUGGCUUGGAAUAAAUUGUGUGUUCCAACCCCAGAGGGGGGCCUCGGUUUUAGAUCCCUUCAUGAUGUGUCUUUGGCACUUUUUUGUAAGCUCUGGUGGAAUUUCAGGACAAAACCUACCUUGUGGAGUGCUUAUAUGACCAACAAAUAUUGUAGGAAAAAACAUGCUAUAGUGGUACUAUGGAAACAGGGGUCACAGACCUGGAAAAGAAUGUUAGAAGCCAGGGAUUUAAUAGAACAUCAAAUUUGGUGGCAAGUUAGGAAAGGAGACUCACAGUUCUGGUUUGACAAUUGGACUGGAUUGGGAGCUUUAUACUAUGUAAUUCCAGGGGAUACUUAUGAUGAGAGAAUUCAGAAUGUGAAACAUGUGGUAGUUGAGGGGAGGUGGAAUAGAGAAAAAUUGAUGGAAGUACUCACUAAGGACAUUGUUGAUCAUAUAAUAGAGAAUAUAACCCCACCCAGGGAGGAAAGAGAUAUUGAUAGAUCAUGGUGGAUACUAGACACAAGAGGGGAAUUUUCAAUUAAAUCAACUUGGGAGUAUAUUAGGCUGAGGGGACCACAAGUGGACAGCUACAGACUAGUAUUAUGCGGGAAUCCCUCUAUUAGAAAUAUUCUAACUGGAUGGAAAGAAUUGAUUCAAAUGUUGGAGGGAGGCAAGGCAAAAAUGAAGGUAACACAAGUUAGAUGGAAUUUACCUCCACUGGGGUGGUGUGCUUGCAACACAGAUGGUGUUUCUAGAGGUAACCCAGGGAGGAGUGCCUAUGGUUUUUGCUUGAGAGAUGCUGAAGGGAAUCUACUAUAUGCACAAGCUGAGGAGAUUGGUUAUGCCACAAAUAUAGAAGCAGAAAUUGUGGCUAUUUUGGAGGCCUUGUGCAAAAUAUUAUCUGAAGAAUGGAAACCUCCAUGGAAUAUUGCAGGUUGGGUAGAAGAGGUGAAGGAAUAUAAAAGGGACCUGGAUGUCAUAUUCAAUCAUAUUCUAAGGGAAGCAAAUAAGUUGGCUGAUGCUUUAGCCAACUUUGCUUUAGAUAAAGGUCCUUUGCAGUGCUAUUUGUUUGAGGAGUUGAAUGUGCAGAUGAGAAGAAUCCUAAAUAGUGAUGAGAGUCAAAUUCCAUAUCUGAAUAAGGAGAUACUGAAGGGGAUGGAGAAAGAAGGAGAAUGGACAUUAGGAGAUCAUCUCAUUCAAACCCUGGAGGAGGAGAAUGAGACUGAUUUUUUAUCUAACAGUUUGUUUAUUUUUGCAGGUUUAUGUUACAGGACUAAACAAUACAGAGGAAAUGUCAAUUGCUGUGUAUUAGAUCUUACAAACAACAUGUCGGAAUGCGCCGACAAUACAAGCACAGAGGGUACAUCAAUGGCAGGGAUCAAGUAG